CUGACGCUUCCAAUACAUAAGGAGGGUUCUGGUAUUAACUUCUCAUGGAUUGGACGCGAUCUUGGACCCUCGGUUCUGGCGCUCCUUCUGAAUUACGAGUCCCAUCAAGGCGAGAUAUAUGGGAAAACAUUCCACGUCAUCUCCGCCAAGACGACAUUCCGUGAUUUCGCUCAAACUUUAGAAAACGCGUUUGGGGUGCCGGUUAAAUAUGUGACAGGUCCUAAGACCGGGAUGUUGGAGUUGGACGAGAUGUUUGAGAUGGAAGAGGAGAUAGGGGCUUUUGGCGAUAUCGACAUUCCUGACCCUCGUCUAGUGAAACUUGGCGUUAAGUUCAGCUCGGUUGAGGAGUUUGCAGAGUCGGUGAAGUCAAAGUAUAUUUAG